AUGGCUGGCUACGGCUCAGGAGGCUAUGGCGGCGGCGGCGCUGGUGGGGGCUACGGUGGCUCUCGCGGCGGCGCUGGAGGCUACGGCGGUGGCGGUGGCGGCUACUCGAACGGGUACGAUAAUAACGAUGAUUGUGGCUACGGCUCGCGCGAUACAACUUCCUACUCCUAUGGUGGGUCAGGAAACGGCUACAGCAACGGUGCCAGCGGCGGCUACGGCGGCGGCAGUAACGGCUACGGAGGUGGCUCAAACGGAUAUUCUGGAGGAGGUGGAUAUGGUGGUGGAGCGGGUGGCGACAGGAUGUCAAACCUCGGCGCUGGUCUCAAGGCGCAGAACUAUGACAUCAACUCGUUACCCAAGUUCGAGAAGUCUUUCUACAAGGAGGCUCCUACCGUCGCAGCCCGCACACCAGCUGAGGUUGACGAAUUCCGCCGCAAGCACCAGAUCUCCAUCCAGGGUCAGAAUGUACCGAAGCCAGUUGAGACAUUCGAUGAGGCUGGCUUCCCAGGUUACGUCAUGAAUGAAGUCAAGGCACAGGGCUUUCCCAACCCUACCGCCAUUCAGUCUCAGGGCUGGCCCAUGGCUCUCUCCGGUCGCGACGUUGUUGGUGUGGCAGAGACCGGCUCCGGCAAGACGCUCACCUACUGUCUGCCAGCUAUCGUCCACAUCAACGCACAGCCUCUUCUCGCACCUGGCGAUGGUCCAAUUGUGCUUGUGCUCGCUCCUACCCGUGAGUUGGCUGUUCAGAUUCAAGAGGAGGUCAGCAAAUUCGGCAAGUCUUCGAGGAUUCGUAACACUUGUGUCUACGGUGGUGUGCCCAAGGGUGGACAAAUUCGCGAUCUGGCUAGGGGCGUAGAGGUCUGCAUUGCCACCCCAGGUCGUCUCAUCGACAUGCUCGAGGGUGGCAAGACCAACCUUCGCCGUGUCACAUACCUCGUCCUCGACGAAGCUGAUCGCAUGCUUGACAUGGGUUUCGAGCCUCAGAUCCGCAAGAUCAUCGGCCAGAUUCGUCCGGAUCGUCAGACUUGCAUGUGGUCCGCUACUUGGCCCAAGGAGGUUCGUCAGCUUGCUUCCGACUACCAGCAGGACUUCAUCCAGGUCAAUAUCGGCUCCCACGAUCUCCACGCAAACAUGCGCAUCACUCAAAUAGUCGAGAUCGUCUCAGACUUCGAGAAGCGUGACCGCAUGAGCAAGCAUUUGGAGCAGAUCAUGGAGGACAAGGCCAACAAAAUCCUCAUCUUCACAGGUACGAAGCGUGUCGCCGACGACAUCACACGCUUCCUCCGCCAGGACGGCUGGCCAGCACUCUCAAUCCACGGCGACAAGCAGCAGAAUGAGCGUGAUUGGGUCCUCAACGAAUUCAAGACGAGCAAGAGCCCUAUCAUGGUUGCUACCGAUGUGGCUUCUCGUGGCAUUGACGUCAAGGACAUCACUCACGUCUUCAACUACGACUACCCGAACAACUCUGAGGAUUACGUUCACCGCAUUGGCCGCACUGGUCGUGCUGGACGUAUGGGCACAGCCAUCACUCUGUUCACUGCUGACAACUCCAAGCAAGCCCGCGAGCUUGUCAGUGUACUCACCCAGGCCAAGCAGCAAGUCGACCCUCGUCUUGCCGAGAUGGCUCGGUAUGGCGGUGGUGGAGGAGGAGGUCGUGGUUAUGGUGGUGGCCGCGGUCGUGGUGGUGGCCGUGGCGGCCGUGGAGGCGGAGGUGGAUGGACUGGCAGCAACACCGCUCCUCUGGGUGGCAACAGUCGCUGGUAG